AUGUCGCGUGUCCUGAUCUACAUAUUACGGCGCGACCUACGCCUCGCCGACAACCCCGUCUUCCACGAAAUCGCGCGGCUCAAUGGCCAAUCGCAACGACCUUUCACCCACUUGCUCCCGGUCUACGUCUUCCCUGCGGAGCAAGUCGAAGUGUCAGGAUUUCUAUCUGCCAAUACACAGCAAUCGCCGUACAAGGAGGCACGCAGUGCGGUAGGCGGCUUCUGGCGCUGUGGCAAGCUACGAGCCAAGUUCAUUGCCGAAAGCGUGUGGGAUCUGAAGACCGAUCUUGAGAAGAUCGGCAGUGGCCUUGCGAUCCGUGUUGGCAGCGUAUCAGAUGCAGUCAAGUCGCUUUUGGAAGGUUUCCGCGAGCAGGAGGGUGUCGAGGUACAUGGCUUGUGGAUGACGAGCGAGGAGGGGUGGGAGGAGAAGCAGGAGGAGAAGCGCGUUCAGCGGCUCUUGCAGCGCGAGCAGAAGGAGUUCAAGUUGUGGAAGGACGAGAAGUAUUUCGUUGACGACCGAGAUCUUCCUUUCCAGAGCAUCAAAGAUCUGUCUGACGUAUUCACGAACUUCCGGAAGACCGUCGAGCCCUUGCGCGCAGUCCCGCGACAACAGCUGCCUUCCCCCCAAAAGCUGCCCGCACUCCCAGCCAAGAUCCCUCCGCAGAGGACUCCUUUCGAAAUCCCCGACACCCUCGACGCCACCAUCUCCGCGCUCUUCAAACCUCUAGAGAAAGCCGAAUUCUCCAAUAUGCCCACCAUGCCAUCAGGAGUCGAAUCCGCCCAUCCCUUCACCGGCGGCUCAGAAGCCGCACACAAGCGAGUACACCACCUCCUCGACUCUGGGGCGAUGACAUCUUACAAAGACACGCGCAAUGGCCUCCUCGGCCUCGACUUCAGCACCAAACUCUCCGCUUGGCUAGCGCUAGGAUCCAUAUCGGCGCGGCAGGUGCACUGGACCAUGCUCGAGUUCGAAGACGGCAAGGGCCGCUUCAGUGCCAGUACGGCCGCGGGAGCCGGCAAGGGCGAGAACAAAGGCACGGCAGCCGUGCGGUUCGAGCUACUCUGGCGCGACUACAUGCGUCUCUGCACGCGCAAGUUCGGCUCCCGAUUAUUCCUCGUGGAUGGAUACAGGGAGGCGAAAGAUGCGAGCUGGAAGUACAUUAGCAGCCCCUUUAUGCAUUCCACGGACAAGAAGAACGCCAAAGGAUCUAACGACGACGACACGAGAGCAGCGAUUGAGCGGCUUGUCAAAGGCACGACAGGAACGGGACUCAUCGAUGCUUCACAGCGAGAGCUCUACCUCACGGGCUGGACAUCGAAUCGCGCACGGCAGAACGUGGCAUCGUUCCUCACGAAGCACCUGGGUAUUGAUUGGCGUAUUGGGGCGGAGUGGUACGAGGCGAACCUAAUUGACUACGACGUCUCGAGCAAUUGGGGCAAUUGGCAGUAUGUGGCGGGCGUGGGCAAUGACCCACGUGGAGAUCGAGUAUUCAAUCCCGUCAAGCAGGCAGUGGACUACGAUGCAAAUGGAGAGUAUGUGCGGGCUUGGGUGCCGGAGUUGAGAGACGUGGGCAGGGGGAAGGAAGGUGGUGGGAAGGGGAGCGCGGAGGAUCUGAUGGGCGUCUUCCAAGCUUGGAGGAUGCCGGCGGAGGAGAAGAAGAGGUUGGGGUUGGAGGGGGUGGAGUGGGUCGAGCGGCCGUUGGUGCGGAUCGAUUACUCUGUGAAUCGAAGGGGUGGUGGGGCGAAGAGGGGCAGAGGAAGAGGCGGCGGCGGCGGAGGUGGAGGUGGAGGAGGACGUGGACGAGGCGGGCGAGAUGGUAAAGCUGCGAGGACUGGGCCGAUGGAGAAGGCGGGCUGGCAAUGA